CAUAAAACUCCAGACUCUGAGGGAGAUCAAACUGAUGAAAUAGAACAAAAUUAUAAAGGAAAUCAACUCAGAAAGAGCAACAUCCCAGGAGAACUUGAAACUACAACUUAUCAAGAAGAUAUUAGCGGUGAUGAACUUACAGAAGAAUAUCAGAAGCUGCAAUUAAACUAUAAACGAAAAGAGAAUAGAAGUCCUUCCUCGAAAAUUUUACGCAGACUUGUUAGUGAUAAAAUUAAGUCUAUUUUACUAAUUGAUGAAAGACAAGAACAGAGAUAUUGGUACGCAACAUGGUGGUUAAUUGAAUUACUUAAUCUAAUGCAAUGUCUGGCCUUAAUUUUUGUGAAAUCUGGUGUAAAUCCUAGGUUUUUCAAAAAAGCUACUAAAUGUGAAUACGACAAAUUUCUCAAAGAACUCUUGAAUGAUGAAGAAGCAUAUCAUAAAGCACCUAAAUUUGACGAGUCAUUAAUGGAUAAAAUUAUAGAGAA